AUGGCCGCGCCGCAGCAGGUCCGCGCCGUGCCCCUGGCGCGCGCGCUCCGCCUCCGCACGCGCGCCUCCGCCGCCCCCGCCGCCGCGCCGGAGACGUCCCGCCGCGCGCUCCUCGGCCUCACGGAGCCCGAGCUCCGCCAGCUCGCCGUCGACCUCGGCCAGCAAAGCUACCGGGGGAAGCAGCUGCACGACCUCGUCUACAAGAACAGGGCCAAGCAGGUGGAGGAGUUCGCCUACGUGCCAAAGGUGUUCCGGGAGGCGCUGGUCGGCGCGGGAUGGAACGUGGGCCGGUCGCCGGUGCACCACGCCGUCACGGCCACCGAUGGCACCACCAAGAUACUUCUCAAGCUGGAGGACAACAGACUGGUGGAGACGGUGGGGAUCCCCGUUGACGACAGGGGCACGCCUAGACUCACAGCCUGCGUUUCAUCGCAGGUUGGCUGCCCCUUGCGUUGCUCGUUCUGUGCCACUGGGAAGGGAGGGUUUGCGAGAAACCUCAAGGGGCACGAGAUUGUCGAGCAGGUAUUGGCCAUAGAGGAGUCGUUCAAACACAGGGUGACAAAUGUAGUUUUCAUGGGUAUGGGUGAGCCCAUGCUGAACCUCAAAGCAGUUCUGGAGGCUCACCAAUGCUUGAAUAAGGAACUAAAGAUUGGGCAAAGGAUGAUGACAAUCUCAACAGUAGGUGUUCCCAACACGAUAAGUAAGCUAGCAUCCCACAAGCUUCAGUCGACACUGGCAGUCAGCCUGCAUGCCCCAAAUCAGAGGCUGCGCGAAACAAUUGUUCCAAGUGCAAAGGCAUAUCCUCUGGAAGCACUAAUGGAUGAUUGCAAGAAUUAUUUCCUCGAAACUGGACGCAGGGUAUCCUUCGAGUACACUCUGCUAGCUGGGAUUAACGAUGAAAAGGCGCAUGCUGAAGAACUUGCAGCGCUGCUGCAUGCAUGUGGAGGUGGUUAUCACGUGAACUUGAUUCCCUAUAACCCGGUAGAAGGAUCUGAGUACAAGAGGCCGUACAGAAAAGCGAUUCAAGCGUUUGUUGAUGCACUGGAAUCUCGGAAGAUCACAGUCAGCGUUCGACAGACCCGUGGGCUUGACGCUAAUGCGGCUUGUGGGCAGCUCAGGAAUGAGUUCCAGAAGAAUCCUCUGCUUGAGUCGUCCCCACCCUCUGAGCCCAACCAACUGCUCGAGUCGUCUACGCCCUCGGAGCCCAGCCUUGUUCCCGCUUAG